UAAACGAAAACGGAACAUCAAACGUCACGUCACCGAAGAGACAAUCACGAAAAAAGUAUUUUGUUUCUGUUUCAGAUGUCGUUUUAGCUAUUAAUUCAGGCUCAUAAAUAAUGUUUCGCUAUAAAUAAAGUACCAAGCUGCAUACUAUUUCAGUAAAAAAUAUUCCGUAAAGUACUUUAUCAAGAAUGGAAGAAAAUCUAAACGGUGUUGUUUUGUGUGACAAUCUGAUCAAAUGGUUACAGACUUUAAAUCUUACUGCUAAACAUGGAAAUCCUUCAGAUCUGUCCGAUGGGGUGGCUAUAGCAGAAGCCCUCACUCAAAUUGCCCCUGAGUACUUCACUCCAGCAUGGAAUUUGAAGAUUAAAACUGAUGUGGGCAAUAAUUGGAGACUGAAAGUGAGCAACCUGAAGAAAAUAUUGGAGGGUGUUGUUGAUUAUCAUCAGGAUAUUUUAAACUUAAGCUUGCAGGAGUUUUCAAGACCAGAUGUGGUGAAUAUAGCAGAGACUGCAGAUCAAUCAGAUCUGGGGAGGCUAUUGCAACUUGUGCUCAGCUGUGCUGUCAACUGCAUAAAAAAAGAGGAAUAUAUAACUCGUAUUAUGGAAAUGGAGUUAUCAUGCCAGCGGUCAAUAAUGCAAGCAAUACAGGAACUGGAGACGCUGACGCUGGGCGUGAAUCGUGGCAGUCUGCACCUGGAGCCGGCGCCCGCCGACCACUCCGAUGCGGACAUGAAGGAGGUGCUGGCGCAGCGCUGCCAUGAGCUAGACACACAGGUGAAAGUCCUGCAAGAGGAGAAGAUGACAUUGCUGGGCGAGGUCGCUCGGCUGACGGAGUCGCGGGCUGCCGGCGCCGGCGCCGACGCGCACGACCUCGACGACGCGGGCGCGUCGCUGGGGCCCGCGCACGCCGGCACGCUGCGGUACAGCAACAUGCGCGCGCAACUAGAUGCGCUCAAAGACGAGCUCGAUAAGGUCGAGCUACAGAGGGAUGAUCAACGCGCGCGCGCAGACGCACUCGAGAGAGAAGUCGCUCUACUGAAGCUUAGGAACGAGGAGCUACAGAUAGCAGCAUCGGAGAACGUGACGCUAAAGGACGAGGUGGACGCCCUGCGGGAGACGGCGGCGAAGGCGGCCGCGCUCGAAGCCACCGUCGCCUCCUACAAGAAGCGGAUGGAGGAGCACGUGGAUCUGCGGAGACAGGUGAAACUCCUGGAGCGCGCGAACACGGAGCACGUGCAGCGCGCCAUCGAGCACGAGCAGGCGGCCGCGCGACACAACGCCGUGCGCGCGCAGCUAGAUAUCUACAAGAAGCAGGUGACAGAUCUAAACGAAAAGUUGGACGCAGAGAUAACGAAGGCUGACAAAUUAGAGAUAGAGAACAAGAAACUGAGCAGCCGCGUAGCGUCGUUUCAGCGCGAGCGGGACACCAUACUACAAGAGCGGGACACGCUGAGGGAGACCGUCGACGAGCUGCGCUGCUCUACUAUCACCACAGGUGCAAGCGAAGACAACGUAUCGCGCGAGUUGAUACCCAACGACGUGAAGGAACAGCUGAUUCGACUAGAACACGAAAAUAAGCUUCUGCGACAGAACCAAGGCGCGCAGGCAGACCAAGCUUCAGUGCAGGCGCUACUGGAAGACUAUGCGGCGCGAUUAGAGAAGCAGCGCGCCGUGAACCGCGAGGCCAACCAGCGCAUCAUGCAGCUGGAGGCCACGCUCGAGGCGCCGCACCCGCGGCUCGCCUCCGCCAUCGAGGACAGCCAGAGGAAAUCAUUACAAGUGGAGGAGCUCCAAGCAGCGUUAUCAGAAGAGCGACGGCGGAGCAGCAAGUUACAGGAGGCGUUAGCGGCGCGAGAAGCCGAGCUACUGGCCACCGAAGACAAGUACAAGAAGUGCGUCGAGAAGGCCAAGGAGGUCAUCAAGUCGCUGGACCCCCGCGCGACCGCUUUGAACGUCAACUCUCUGGCCAUCCUGUAG